CGUUUCCGCACGCGCAAAGGCCGGGCCACUACUUCCGGUCCGUGCGGCUCAGGCUGAAAUGAACAAAAGGAAGUCUUGCUUACACUGUGUUUCCUUUUACUGUGCAUUUCCAAUAUAAUCUGGUUAUCGGCCUUUUUCAUUGAAGUCACUUUAGGGUCUUGGUGUCAACAAGAAUGUUGGACAUAAGAGGUUGGGCAGAGUACAUUGUGGAAUGGGCUGCAAAAGACCCUUAUGGUUUCCUUUCGGCUGUUAUCUUGGCACUAACUCCACUGUUCAUAGCUAGUGCAGUACUGUCAUGGAAACUGGCAAAAAUGAUUGAAGCAAGAGAUCGAGAACAGAAGAAGAAGCAAAAGCGUCAAGAGAAUAUUAACAAAGCCAAGAGACCAAAGAAGGAUUGAACCCGUAACCAAGAAACAUUCCCUUUCUUGAACUAAAAUACAGCUUGUUUUGCAUAUUUAACAAUUACAAUUAUAUUUGGUAAUAACUUCAAGAGUGACACCAUAUUUCAAAUGGUUGCUUCUUUAGAUCUGUGCUUCUGCUUUCUAAUAAUUUGUUGUAAUUUUUAUAAUGUUCAUUAAUUAUUGGGAUAAUCACUAGUGCGCUACACCUAAUUUUUCUACUUUGUUUACUAUUUGAAUUGAGUAUAUACAUUUCUAAUUCCUCAAGUACCUGUUCCAUAAUCUUGUGACUGAAAACAUACUGAGAAAUCGCACUGAAAUCAUUACAUUGAUGCAAUAUCUGCUUACUAUUUCUAAAUUAUAAAAACUUGUAAUUUAUAACUGGUUCUAUUUUUGUUUAAAGGCCUGAUGUUACUGACUGAAUUCAAUUAAUGAUUGCAAAGUGAUGAGAGAAGGGAAACACCCGAGAUAAUUUUCUUUGGUGACAUGGUGCACAUUAAAGUCUUCGAAUGGCAAGGUUUCAUUGG